GGGGUGUGGGCAGGGCAGGAACUUGUCCAGUGGGUGGGAGCCGACACCCAUUUCUGGCUGCUCCGCUUGGGCUCCGGUAUCCAUCUCCGGAGGAAGGGUCCAGGAGGUGGAUAGGCGUCCGGCCGGAGUCCGCAUGAGCCGCUGAGGACCGCGCUCGCCCAGCCCGGGAGUCUCGCCCAGCCCGGGCCUGGGGCUAGCGGCGCCCCGCCCCGCGCACACGCUGUCGCGAGUCAGCUGGACGGCGCGGGCGUUCACGUGACCGGGGGGGCGGUGCCGAGCGGGCGGGAGAAAAGGAAACUGCGGGAUCUGCGGCGGUGGCAGCACGGCCAUGGCCGCACUGUACGGGGGUGUGGAGGGGGGAGGCUCACGGUCCAAGGUCCUUUUACUCUCAGAGGAUGGGCAGAUCCUGGCAGAAGCAGAUGGACUCAGCACAAACCACUGGCUAAUCGGGACAGACAAGUGUGUGGAGAGGAUCAACGAGAUGGUGAACAGGGCCAAACUGGAAGCAGGGGUGGAUCCUCUGAUCCCUCUACGAAGCUUGGGCCUGUCCCUGAGCGGUGGGGUGCAGGAGGACGCACUGAGGAUCCUGACGGAGUUGCUGAGGGACCGAUUUCCCCACCUGAGUGAAAGCUACUUAAUCACCACCGACGCCGCGGGCUCCAUCGCCACAGCAACACAGGAUGGUGGGAUCGUGCUCAUCUCUGGGACAGGUUCCAACUGCAGGCUCAUCAACCCCGACGGCUCUGAGAGCGGCUGUGGCGGCUGGGGCCACAUGAUGGGGGACGAGGGCUCAGCCUACUGGAUCGCACACCGAGCAGUGAAAACAGUGUUCGACUCUAUCGACAACCUAGAGGCGGCUCCUCAUGACAUUGGCUACAUCAAACAGGCGAUGUUCAGCUACUUCCAGGUGCCCGAUCGGCUAGGAAUCCUCACCCACCUGUAUAGGGACUUUGAUAAAUGCCAGUUUGCUGGGUUUUGCCAGAAAAUUGCAGAAGGUGCCCAGCAGGGAGAUGCCCUCUCCCGGUUUAUCUUCAGGAAGGCUGGGGAGAUGCUGGGCAGACACGUGGUGGCAGUGUUGCCUGAGAUUGACCCGGUCUUGUUCCAGGGGAAGAUGGGCCUCCCCAUCCUGUGUGUGGGCUCUGUGUGGAAGAGCUGGGAGCUGCUGAGGGAAGGUUUCCUUCUGGCGCUGACCCAGGGCCGAGAGCUGCAGGCCCAGAACUCCUUCUCCAGCUUCACCCUGAUGAAGCUGCGACACUCCUCUGCCCUGGGUGGGGCCAGCCUCGGGGCCAGGCACAUCAGGCACCUCCUCCCCAUGGACUACUCUGCCAAUGCCGUUGCCUUCUACUCCUACACCUUCUCCUAGGGGGCUGGCCCUGGCUCCACCCCUCCAAGCCCAGUGGACACUGGGUGCCGGAAAGGAGGCUUUUUUCCUUUUUUUUUUUUUUUUAAAGAAAAACACAUCUAAAAGAGAAUAAAUGCACUUUAUCCACUCCCCAAUUAGAUCGUGUUACCAAGCACACUUGCUGUGUAGAUCCUCAGUGCACCUGCCAGCAGGUAUCCCAGAGAGCUCAGGAAUGGCUGUAGUCUAGAAUUUAAAGCCCUGUGCCCAGAUGCUUGGCCUGUGGUUUGCAAUCUGCUCACCAUACAGUUGGGCAGAUAAUUCAUGUGUGCUAUCCCUCCCCAUGCCCCCCAACAUUAGCAUACUUAAAUGCCGUGCUCUGCCAGGUAACUGUGAUCUCAGUUUCUCCUGUCCAAGUGAGUAAUGAUUCCUACCCAGCCAUUUUUGCUGGAACUAAGUGUUCUCUGUGGCCGUAACCUCAGACACUUAACACCCUCUCCUGAUAGUCCCAGUAGGAUUUAGGAGAUGGUACCAUUCUGGUCUGGGAGAACUACCUCACUGGAUUUGGUACUUAGAGGUAAACAGCACAUUUUGCAGUUUUUCCCCUAUGAAAGAGUUCUUGAGAGGUUAUGAAGAUGGCUGAGAUCUAAGAAGGCCAAUUAGACACAACGAGGUGGCCUACUUACUCCUCGUGACUUCUAGCCUGGCUCUGGUUAUAAUAUGACAUUUUGCAUUUGUUGUGUGACACGAAUGAUGAACAUCAGUGAAGAGCAAACAUGAUUCCUGUCCUCUGGAUACUGUUAGUUUAAUCAAGCCCAAAGCUUCCUGUUGGGCGGCGCAUGGUGCUUGGUGAACUGAAGACAGAUCUUGAUCCCCAGUGGCUGCCUCUACGGGCGUUCAGAGUGAAAGCUGUUAGAAGGCAUGGAACAUGUGCGUCAGUCAUUCAAGAUCUUGUUUUCAACUAAGAUUUUUGUCUUCCUCCUCCAUGAGGUGUCUGAUUCAGUAGGUCAAGGAAGAGGUGGGAAUGUUCAUUCCUACCAAAUACCUUGGGUGAUUUGUGCUGCAGAGGUCCAGGAUCUGCACUUGAGAGAGCUCUACCCUAUAGCUUUUGAGUGCUGAUUAAGCCCUUGAAGAGGUCUUGAAUACUUGUUUCUCAGGUCAAGUGACACUGCUUUCACAGUGUAGAACAGAGUGGCAGUGGCUCUCCUCCCAUCACCCUAGCCCAACACAAGCCGGGGUUUUGAGCAAUAAGAACUCAAGCCAAAUUCCUUCUGAGGAGACAGGCAGCCAUCUUCACAUCUCCUGUGGUCUAAACCACUAAGGGCCAGCUUUCAGCAAGUCCCAUACAUCUGAUAAAAAGCUUGCAAAGAGGAGAAAGAGAGGUGUCUUUGCUAUAUCUCACAGUUCAAAGAACACUUACUAAUGUGCAGGGAGCUUUGGAGUUGUGUGUGUAUGUGUGUUUUUAAGAUUGAUUUAUUUUAGCGCACGAGCGGGAGGGGCAGAG